AUGUUUUCUGACGACACUUGGCACCUGGGAUGCACAGCUCAAAAAGAAUAUGCAGAAAACGAUGAUAUCAACAAACUAGUCAUUUUUUUAGAGCAACAAUUUGAACCAAAGGCUAGAAAUAAAUCGAAAACUGUACAACUGACAUAUGUAUUUAUUCCUGACGCUGAUAGACACUGGGAUAUACAUCAUCCGUACUCACGAUAUAAAUGGGAAGAAAUUCUGAAGAUCUUUCAAUUUUUUGACGAUGAUGACAAAACUUAA